UUUGAAGCCCAGAGCGCGCGCGCCGGUCACUCCGCCGCGGCUGCACGAGGACGAGGAUCCAAGAUGGCGUCGCUGGAGCGGAGCUUCGUGGAGAUCUGCGGGUUCGAGCGGGACGCGGGGAGAAGGUUCCGGGAGGUGUCGGUGGACCUGGGUGUGAACGUUCUUCCUGGGGGACAGAAAUUUGCAGACAGUGCUGGAGCCUUUCAUUAUGAAGAGAGUGGAAAGCUGCUGUCUGUCACCAGCAACAGAUUUAUCCACUGGUCCACGUCAGGAGACUCUGUGCAGCUGGUGGAGGACUCUCUUGAUACCAAUCUGCUCAACAACGCCGUUAGACUCAAGUUAACACAUUGCUCCGUUCUGCCUGGAGGAGUCAACAUUCAGGAGACUAUCGAUAAUGUCGUCAUCCUCAUCACCACCAAUCAGAGCGUUCACAGACUGGUGCUGCCUCAUCCAACACGCAUGUAUCGCAGUGAGCUCGUGACCGAACUGCAUAUGCAGUCCAUCUUCACAGACGUGGCGAAGCUGAGUCUGCACGAGCCGCCUCACAGUGCCAUCAUCCCUGUUCCAGCAGGGCAGACGGGGAGUCCCGGCUGCUCUGUCGCCUGGCUCAGCUUCCAAGGACAGGCUCAUUAUGCUCUGUCCUCACCUGCCGGAGGCAUCACGGUGGUGACCCUGCCACCUCACGAUGUGCAGGACACAGGUGUGUCGGUGCUGGAGCUGAAGAGGAGCUCCAUGAUGAGCAGGUUAUCGGGCUGGAUGCCCACAGCCAUCCGGGGGGACCAGACCCCCGCUGACCUGGCCCUGAGUCUGGCUGUGAGAGAACUGGAGGAGGAUUCCUUCAUCUUCGCCUUGUGUCAGGAUCACAGACUCCGCAUGUGGUCGUUCAAGGUGCAGGCGUGUCUUCUGGACGUAGACAUGUUGGAGUACAUGCCGGCGUGUAAAGGUGUGAAACGUGUGUCGGGGCACGGCCACCAGCUGAAGCUGGCCUUCUCUGCCACCACCGGCCUCUGCCUGUGUGUUUACCUGGCCGUUCCACAGAGAGCACAGUUCACUGUCUUUCAGCUGGUUGCUACUGACAACAACCACUACAGCCUGGAGCACAUAUCCUCUCUAUUCAGCACACAGGAGAUCCUGGUAGAUUUUGCUCUGACCUCCUCGGAUGUCUGGUCUCUGUGGAUCGACGACUCCAACACGACAGUCGUCAAAUACAUCAACUUUGAGCAUAAUGCUGCAGGACAAUGGAAUCAAGUGUUUGUUCAGCCUCCACCAGAAGAGGAAGUUCCUAUAGCAACGGACCUGGACCCGAGGGAGAUGUACCUGGAAAGUCUCUUCUCUCCUCUCCGCUUUACGGCUUCAACGAUAGUCAAAGCUCUGCAGAUCUACCGUCGUUCUUCUGAAAGGAUUGCUAAUCCAUCCUGGGAGACUCUGAAGAAGGAGGUGACUCUGGCUGUGGAGAGUGAGCUGCAGAGCAGCCUCACAGAGUUUGAGUUUUCUCAGGAAGAAUACCGUCAGCUGCAGGUGGAGUUCUGGUCCCGGUUCUACUCCUGCUGUCUGCAGUACCAGGAGGCUCAGUCGACUCCUCUCAGUCUGACUGUCAACCAAAAGACCGGCAUGGUGUGUCUGCUCCGCAAAGGCUUUGUGUCUUUCCUGCUGCCGUGUUUUGCUGUGGAUCACCUGUACCUGUCCUCCGACCAGUACCUGCUUUCUGAAGAGGAGACGCCCAUUACUGAGGAUCCUGACGUGGGCCGAGACGUUCUGCAGCUGGUUCAGUGUCUCCAGUUGGUCAGCGAUGCUGUUUCUACAGAGAUGGCAUAUGAGAUGGAGAAAGCUCUGGAGUAUCUGCAGACACCAGAGAAAGCUGCAGAUGUUGUCUUGGAAAACAUGCUGUGCAAUGACAACCAUAACGUGAUUGUAGAUAUCCAGAACAAACUGCAGGACAUCCGGAACCCGACGGCAGCCAUCGUGGUGCUGCUGAGGGAGAUGGACCUGGAGACGGACUCGGACCUCGGCGGAGACAGACCCGUCGCACCCGGUCAGAGUCUGAAUGUGAGGAUCAGUCUGUCCCAGCUGUACAGCAGCAGCUCUGCUGUGUCCGUGGUUUGUCAAGCUGUCUGUCACAUGGCCAUGACACGAGCACAGUUCUGCAGAGACCUGUUGAUCCUGCAGAAACUCCUCUUGCAUUUUGGAGACAAUGUGUUUCUAGGUGGGGGAUCCCAGCUGCUUCAACUCCAGCAGGAUCUCAUUCCUCGGACCUCUCACCUCCUCUCUUCCUAUCACCUCUUGAAACACAUUAGUCACAGCCUCACGUCUUCUGUUCCAAUGGACGCUAUAGACGUGAACCUGCAGCACCUCACAGCGCUGGAGCUGUCGGACUCCCCUGCCGUCUCCACCAGCAGACCGGUGCUGAGUCCUCAGACGGUGGUGGAGCUGUUCUAUCAGACUGCAGGCAGGAGGAUGAUCAUCUCUCAGAUGUUCUCUCAGCAGCAGAGCAACUUGCUGCUGCCCUGGAGUCACAUGAUCUCCACUGUGGUCCAGAUGCUGGCUCAGCUGCUUUGGCCCAGUAACCCCGGUUUCCACUUCCCCGAGUGUUUGAUGACCAACUGCCAGUACACCCAGCUUCAAGAGUACGUGAGACUGAUCGGUCCGUGGUGUCAGGUGAACAUCGGCUCCUGUCGCUUCAUGCUGGGCCACUGUUACCUGGCAAACGGGGAGGGCCAGAAGGCUCUGCAGUGUUUCCAGGAGGCAGCGACAGAAGUGGAGAAGGAGGAGUUUCUAAUGAAGCUGACAGGCGGUGAGGACGAGGAGGCUCCUCCUAGCCCCAGAUUGCAUUACUAUAACAAGGUGCUGCGGCUGCUGGAGGACGUGGGUCUACCGGAGCUCGUCAUCCAGCUGGCCUCUCUAGCCAUAAGUGAGGCCGGAGAACAGGCCGAUAACAGUCAGGCAGCUCUGUGGACGCGAAUAUUCAAACAUCAUCUGGACCUGGGACACAACAGUGAAGCCUACGAAGCUCUGACGCAGAAUCCAGACAGCAGCAUGCAGCUGGAUUGUCUCCGUCAGCUGGUGGUGGUUUUAUGUGAGCGCUCUCAACUUCAAGAUUUAGUCCAGUUUCCCUACGUAAACCUGCAUGACGAGGUGGUUUUCAUCAUCGAGUCUCGAGCCCGGGGCCUCGACCUGCUGGCGCACAACUACUACGAGCUGCUGUACGCCUUCCACAUUACCAGACACAACUACAGGAAAGCGGGGACGGUCAUGUAUGAGUUUGGGAUGCGUCUAGGGCGAGAGGUCCGUACCCAGCGUGGCCUCCAGAAGCAGGUGAACUCCUACCUGGCUGCUCUGAACUGCCUGCGCCUCAUCAGGCCGGAGUAUGCAUGGAUCGUCCAGCCGGUCUGUGGGAACACUUACGAGCGACCCGGUGCUUCUCCAAAGAGAAACUCUGACGGAGAGUUUCCUGCUGAACCAGUUGCGGGCAGUCGGCAGGUGGAUAUCCUUGAACUGCAGAACCUGGAAAAGGAGUACUUCCUGUCCCGGACCCGCCUCACACUCGCUCAAUACCACCCGCCGUCAGCAGCCAUUGCAGGCAGCGCAUCGGCCCCCGAGCUCGUCACCCUGCUGGUCCAGAAUGGGCUGUUUGACUCGGCUCUGUCUCUGUGUCAGAUCUUUAAGCUGACCCUGACUCCAGUCUUCGAGGGUUUGACUUUCAAAUGCAUCAAGCUGCAGUCCGGAGCGGAGGAGUCUCAGAACGCAGCCUGGAGCUGGCUGGCUGCUAAUCAGCUGUCAGUGGUCAACACCAAGGAAUCCAGUGCCACGGAUGAGGCCUGGCGUCUACUGGCCUCCUACCUGGACAGAUAUCCCUCCACCAACGGGCAGCAUCAUCGCCACGUCAUUUACAAGCUGCUGUCACACGACGUUCCUUUGCCUGAUUGGCUCCUCCAGUCUUAUAAGAGUGUGGAUGCCCCCGCUCUGCUGCGUCUCCUCCUGAACUUCGACCGGCUAGAAAAUGCAGCUGAGCUGGUGUUGGAGUACGUCGAUGCCGUUCUGGGUCAAGGACACCAGUAUUUUGGAAUAGAGAGGCCUCUCUCUGCCAUGUCUCCCCCCGCCUGGCUGCCAUACACAUCCAUCGACCAGCUGCUGCAGGCUCUGAGCGAGACACAGACCCACAGCAGCCUUCACAACAAAGUUUGUGAGAAACUGGACAAGUAUCACAGUGUCGUGCAGCAGCUGACUGAACUCCGAAUCGCUGCUCAAAGACAUUGAAUCAUCACAUGAAGCAAGCUUUGAAAGCUGAUCACUUACCUGUUUUGUACUUGUUUUUUCACUUGUAAAUCUGUCCAAUAAACGGCUUUUUUAAUGUUGA